AUUCUCGUUUCGCGGGGUCGCCGAUGACUCCGAGACUCCCUUCAGACGCCUCGCUCGAAUAUAGGUGUGUGACGGUGGGGUUACGGUCUCGAGUUGUCGAUUGAAAGUUGAUCAAGAGUUGCCUGAACGUUUUUAUUUCGCAUUAUGGAGCCGUACGAUGUAAUCAUCAAUCAGCCAGUGGUUAUUGACAACGGAUCCGGCGUGAUCAAGGCAGGUUUCGCGGGUGACCAGAUACCGAAAUGCAGAUUUCCGAAUUACAUCGGAAGGCCGAAACAUGUUCGUGUUAUGGCUGGUGCUUUAGAGGGAGAUCUCUUUGUGGGUCCAAUAGCAGAGGAACAUCGUGGCCUUUUAUCUCUUCGAUAUCCAAUGGAACAUGGUGUGGUUACAGACUGGAACGACAUGGAACGUAUUUGGUCUUACGUCUACAGCAAAGACCAGUUGGCUACAUUCAGCGAGGAGCAUCCAGUCUUACUUACUGAAGCACCCUUAAACCCCAGGAAGAAUCGUGAGAAGGCGGCUGAAAUAUUUUUCGAGACAUUUAAUGUUCCAGCUUUGUUCGUUUCUAUGCAAGCUGUACUUAGCUUAUACGCGACAGGGAGAACUACUGGAGUAGUUCUAGACGCUGGCGAUGGUGUUACACACGCUGUACCAAUCUACGAAGGUUUUGCUAUGCCUCACAGUAUAAUGCGAGUUGAUAUAGCAGGACGCGACGUUACGAGACACCUUAGGCUACUUUUACGCAAGGAAGGCAUCAAUUUUAAGACCACGGCGGAAUUUGAAAUUGUCAGAAUAAUCAAGGAGCGAGCGUGUUAUCUCGCUAGCAAUCCCCAGAAAGAAGAAACGAUAGAGACGGAGAAGUUCCAAUAUGUAUUACCUGACGGCAGUCAUCUGGAGAUUGGUCCAGCGCGAUUUAGAGCUCCCGAAGUACUAUUUAGACCGGACCUGAUAGGUGAGGAGUGCGAAGGCCUUCACGAAGUUUUAACGUACUCCAUUCAGAAGUCCGAUUUGGAUCUAAGAAAAGUUCUGUUCCAAAACAUUGUCCUGUCAGGUGGAUCAACGUUAUUCCGCGGUUUCGGUGAUAGACUAUUGUCGGAGAUUCGAAGGAUGUCACCAAAGGACAUUAAAAUAAGGAUAUCCGCGCCUCAGGAACGAUUAUACAGCACUUGGAUCGGUGGUUCCAUUUUGGCGUCUUUAGACACUUUCAAAAAGAUGUGGGUCAGUAAACGAGAAUUUGACGAAGACGGUAUACGGGCUAUUCAUCGUAAAACAUUUUGAACUCGAUUUAGAGAAGCUUUCGCGAAUGUUAUAUCGAAUAAUUUUAUUAUUAUAAUACAAAUGAUGGCACAUUUGGUACGAUAACGUGAAAUGUAUCGCAAACAUAUUCUUUUAUUAUUUUCAGUAGUAACUCGUAUAAUUUCGAUGAUUGUUUCAAGGGAUCAUCACUUAGGCAUUUCUAAUCGUAUUUGUAGGAUACUCGAUGACAUACAGAAGCACUUUCGAUUUUUGCUUAUUAAUCGAUUAAUCGAGUAACUUUGUUUUUAUAGGUACAUUUACACGUUGAUUUCGAUACAAUUAUUUAGAUGCGUUAAAGACUACAAUACGGCAAAACAGAACUUAGUAUACAUACACGCGCGCGCACCAGGAUCCCUUAGAAAUCUUUUUGGACUAAACAGAAUAUCGAUAUCGGUUGUAAAAUCGUUUCAAAUUGUCUCGGUCUUAGAACUUAUUUAUUUAUUUGUAUAUUUAUGCCGUGCUCAGUCCUCAUUAUGUGUAUUACAGUGGAGCACAAUUUUCAUUUUUAGUGAGAAAGGGUGCUCUAUUUCACCUGUUCAAUAUAAAGAAAAGAAUGAUGUAAUUUCCAUGUGCAACAACAUUUAUGCAAAGCAUUGUAAAUAUGUACGCUUUCGUAAAAUAAAUCUAUAUAGUCUUUACAAGUGCAUGUAGUUUAAAAAAACAAUAUGUGGAUUUUUACAAUUACAUUGUAACGUAACGUCGAGAUUUGUAGCUUUACAUUAAGCUGUUGAUUCCAAUAUACUUUGUAUCACGUAAGCCACUGUUUUGUUUUUUAAGUGUAUUAAAAACUGAAGGAACGUAGUCUUGAUAUUUUUUAUUUGCGCAGUGUGUUUUAGCUGUGAUAAGAGUAGUUUAUAGGAAAAAGAUAACUACUCGAGUAAUUAUCAAAAAGGUUUUGUUUGUCGACACUCUUUUGUCAUUAAAUAAUGGAACCAAAAAAUAUAUUUUAGAUCAAUAAGUGCAGCAGUUUCAUUGUACGUUAUCUGAUGUGAUUGUAUGUCGUGUCAAAGUGCACUAUUCAGAAAAGGAGUAUCAUAAAUCUUAAAAGAGAAUUGUUGACAAUUAUUAUUAUUAUACAUUAACAUCGUGCGGGAAGAAUACUCAAGAUGUAAAGUUAGCAUGAAGUAAUGUUUUAUUUAAAACAACAAUUUGCAAGGGCAUCCAUAUUAAGACUAGCAUAACGAAUGUUUAUAUUGCUUCUAAUUAUUUAACAAAUGUAUUUUUGUUUAAAUAAACGAUUGUAUGACGCAGAUUAAUUUCCUAAUUGCUAAGGUAAAAA